UUUUCCCUACUACUUGCGGGUACGCUUCACCCGCGUGCUCCAAGCUCUGAAACGGAUAAAUACGCCCACAGCCCCCCGGACACCGGCAUCACCUGCUGCAAGACAAAACUGGGGCAAUUUUGAUGAAGGGACAACUUGCUCCUCCACCGGCUAUUUAAAACGCGUCUGCUGAAGUGCAAGAGACAAAGGCCGUGGCGGUGACCAAACACUCGAGGCCACUGUCCGCAAAGGGCCUGCCGUCUGGGGCGCUUUCGAGGCGCCCCGGGCACUGGCUGCGGCGCGGAGUGGCGGCGAGCGCGAGGCCGGUACCAAAGGACGGACGCGGGGACCCUGCGCGAGAGAGGGCGUGGCGCGGGGACCCUGCGCGGGAGGGGGGCGUGGAAUGAGCGCGCCGGAGGAGGGACGCGGGAAGGUGGGCGUACGGCGGGGAGAAGGCGCGGGAUGUGCACGGCGCGCGGGGUUUGCCGCGGGAGGGACGGAGCGCUCGCCGUGCUGACGUGGGUCCGCAACGCCGUACUCGCGACAAACUACGCAGGAACGAAGAGACGACUCUCAAAGGAUGGGGCCAUCAGCCCUGCGGCCCUGGCGGGUCCCUUGGGAGGAUCUCCAAAGAUGCCGAUCUAGGCAAGAGAUGGAUCAGAAGUCCUUGUGGGCCCACCCCCGCCCGAGAGCCUGGGCUCUGGGGAACCGAGGCAAGUUUUCUCUCUGUGCUAUGGGAGAUGUCAAAGAAUCAAAAAUGCAAAUAACACCUGAAACUCCAGGAAGAAUUCCUGUUUUAAAUCCUUUUGAAAGUCCUGGUGAUUAUUCUAAUCUCCACGAACAAACUGUCUCCAGUCCUUCUGUUUUUAAAUCGACAAAAUUACCGACUCCAGGGGAAUUUAGAUGGUCUAUUGAUCAACUAGCCGUAAUAAAUCCUGUAGAAAUAGACCCAGAAGACAUUCAUCGUCAAGCUUUAUACCUAAGUCGUUCUCGAAUAGAUAAAGAUGUGGAAGACAAAAGACAAAAAGCCAUUGAAGAGUUUUUCACUAAGGAUGUCAUCGUACCCUCUCCUUGGACUGAUCAUGAAGGGAAGCAGCUUUCAGAGUAUGAUUCCAGUAAAUGUAUUAACGUCAAUAAUGAAUCUCCAAUUGGAAGAAAGCUGACCAUACAUUCUGAGACAAGCAAUGCUGCUUGCCAGACAUUGCUGUCUCUUCCUGUGGAUUUUAAUUUAGAAAAGGUAUUAGGUGACUAUUUUAGAGCUGAUGAAUUUGCAGAUCAAUCUCCUGGAAACCUCAGUUCUUCAUCCCUCAGAAGAAAGCUAUUUUUAGAUGGCAACGGAAGUAUCUCUGACUCCUUACCUCCAGCUUCUCCCAGAAGCCCUCGUGGUGGUGCUCAAGCAUCACUUGAGGUUUUUUAUUCAAUAGAGUUAUCUCCUGUGCAGUGUAGGAGCCCUGUGCAGACCCCGAGUUCGGGGCAGUUUUCUUCUAGCCCUAUUCAGGGUAGUGCAAAAAAAUACAGUUUGGGAAGCAUAACCAGUCCUUCACCUAUUUCUUCACCCACUUUCUCACCAAUUGCAUUUCAAAUAGGAAAGACACCACUCUCAGAGCAAAGGAAGUUAAUCCAUUCUCCUGAUGCUUCGUCUGGAACAAAUUCUAAUGGAAAUACCAAUCCGUGUAUCAGAAGUCCUUAUAUAGAUGGCUGCUCACCAAUUAAAAAUUGGUCUCCUAUGAGACUUGAGAUGUGUACAGGGGGUGCUAAGUAUCGGCCCUCACUGAUUCGGAUACCUUUUACUCUCGAGGCUCACAGCGAAGAUGAAGGAGACAAGGCAGAUGUUCCUUCCACAGACGCCUCCUCCCUAGCCACGGGCACGGCUGGAGUCCACCUGCCGCAGUUGGAUGGUGACGCGUGUCCACAUGGGGCGCACUUGGUAGUGACCGCCAUGUCUAUUACCCAGAACCAGUCCGGUGCUUCUGAGAAAGAACUGGCACUGCUGCAGGAUGUGGAAAGUGAGAAGGAAAAUAACACUGUGGAUAUGGUCGAUCCCAUAGAGAUAGCAGAUGAGACCACUUGGAUUAAGGAGCCCGUUGAUACUAGAAGUUUACCCAUGACUGACUUUGUGAGUGGGAUCGCCUUCAGUAUUGAAAACUCUCACAUGUGCAUGUCACCUCUCGCAGAAAGCAGUGUCAUUCCUUGUGAAAGCAGUAACAUUCAGAUGGAUAGUGGCUAUAAUACACAGAAUUGUGGAAGCAAUAUUAUGGAUACAGUUGGAGCAGAAAGUUACUGCAAAGAAAUUGAUGCACAAACCUUGGAAGUCGAGAAUAAAUCUCAAGUUUUUAAUAUAAAGCAAGACCACUCAAUGCAAAGGUGUUGGAUGAAAAUUGCAAAUCGUCCUCAAUGCAGCAGCCCAUAGAGUACCUCUCUCAGAACCAAAGACUCUAACUGGACAGCUCCUCACAUAUUUUCCACGCAUGGGAUCCAUAAUGUGAUCGUGAUGGGGAAGAAACUGCUUCGGCUAACAUGCUGAGCUUUUUUUUCUUUCCCUCCUUAAUGUGAAAAAUCAAGGGCUUAAUUUAGUGACAACAGAAAAGCUCCUGGAACUUUCAAGAAGUUACUGAAGUACAAGUUCAUUUUUUAUCAAUAAAUAUUUUUGUACUGACCUUGAGUGAUGUGUUUAACAAAAAACUUGAGUGAUAACUUUGCUCCUGCCCUGCAGGGUCAAUGAACUGCUUCUUAGUGAGCCUUACUGACAGCACUGAAUUUAGCAGAAGUUCUGGGAACAUGUGGAACUGUGAAGGUGCUAUGUCUUAUUUUACUUAAAAGUAUGUGAAUAUACAGAUGAAUUCAAAUUUAUAACCUUUGUGAAAGAAAGAAAUUUGAGUUAGAGAGGAAAAUUAAUCGAAUUGGUAGAAAGAAGGUUAAGCAGGUUUCCAGCAUUUUUCAUGCUUGAACUAUUUGUUCGUUUCAGUGUAGAAAUUCUUAGUUCCAGUGAUAACUGGUCUAAAAAAUGUAGAUCUUCAUGUAUUGUUAUUAUUAGUGGAGUUAAUGUGGGAUGCCCAGAAUGUGUCUCCAUCCCUAGGGUAGGGAACCUCCUUUCCAGCUCACAUUUGGUACGGAGAGGAGUUAGUUAAGAACACAGGAGAACCAGGAUAAACUGGGGG